AUUUACAAGCCUGCAGUUUCUCUGAUCACUCUCUUGACUCAGAUCUUAUUCUCUACAUACAUAAUUCAUAACCGGGUUAAAAUAUCCUGCUCUGGAGCGCUUUCAAGGGUGCCUUGUGGAAUCAGGGCCGGUGGGAUGAGAUAAUUCUGCUCGGGAUCAAACCAACCUUGUAUUCUCCUUGAUAAGCCACCGCCUCCCCUGAUGACAUCAACACUGCGGAGAGCCGUCUCGCGCUCACACUCUGCUGCAGGACGCCAGUGCGCUAAGCGUAUCGUGUGGUAUUGAUUGGUGAUCUAUCAGCAUGUCGCUGUACUCGUCUCAGAUUAAAACAUUUAAGAGCGCAGAGCCCAAGACACUUGGUGCUAUGGAGAUCAUAAUUGGCAUGUUUACUGUCAUUUUGAGCUCAAUUGUGUUUAAGCUUCACUACCAUAUCCAGCGUGAAAUCAUCGUCCUCAUUGUCAAUGGUGCUCAGCUUGUCAUAACUGGUGUUGUCCUGGUGCACACUGGGAGGAGGCCAUCUAAAUGUCUGGUGCUGACAACCACUGUUCUGCAAUUACUAACAGCAGUAUUUGAUGUUGUUGGAUUUGGACUCAUAGCCAGAUACAUCCCAUUCAGAGGAGAGUCGUACUUCUACAGGGACACAGAGUUCUUAGCGAAUGGGAUCUUGGUGACACUGAUCGGUUUCCUGGUGCUAGCGUGUGUCAUUGGUUUGCUUGUGUCUUUUUUUGGGGUCUACGCCCUUUCUGUUGGUUCCAUAAAGGAGAUGACACCCAUCCCUCACUCUGAAGCAAACCAACAUUAUGGUGAUGGCGGUCAAACCCAGAACAAGAUCCAUGCCGGAAACUGACAAAAUAAGAGUCGUUCAGGGCACAGUCUUAGCACAGUUUUACACCAACUGCAAAAGAGGACUGUUUCACCUACAAACCACUCACAGGUAAACAACCAUAACUACAGAAAAGUUGUAAAUAAUUUUUUUAAAAUAAAAUGAAUAAAAUCUCAUUUUAAGCCUGGUUGUAGCUCUCACAACCUCACAAGAACUGCUGUAAAUUUGAAUGCUCAACUUAAUAGUUAUUCGUACCUUAUUCACGUACACUGUUACAAUCUGAAGCUUCUUAGCAUUAAAUGUCUACCCAGAAAUCUAGACCAGAAUCAAGUGUUAUCACUGUAUGUUAGAAGAGUAAGCGUGUUUAUCGUUCUUAGGAUAUGUGAAAUUAGGUACAUAGCAAAAAACAGAAAUGGAAUCAUGGUGAAUGUGAACGGUAAGAAUGUUCUGUGAUUCCAUCUUGUUUCAUAGCAUUUUGUACCACCUUUUGCAUGAAUCUUCAUAUCGCUCAAUAUGUUUGUUUUAGCCACAUGAAGACAUAUGGGUCUACAUUUAUGAAGUUGAUAUUAAUGGCAUUUUGAAAAUAAAAGCCCUUGAAACCAUACAACUGUAACAACACUGUAAGCAAGCCAAACGAUUUUAUAUAUGCUUACAAAAAUUCCUGCAAAAUAAAAGCGUUGAAAAAUGUGGCACUUGUCAGAGAAACUCCACUAAAGCAGAGUAAUGUGAAUUUGAACACCAGUGAAUAACUAAACAGCAUCACUUGGCUUUUAUGUCAUCUUGUUUUAUCCGUACUGAUUCUUCAGGAAAGCUAUGAUGACUGCCAACUCUGUAAGUGCCACCACUUUUGACCAAAAUCAUAGACACACUAAUGACUAAAUAAUGACUAAUAAAGGUCAGAAGUUGAACCCACAGUCAAGGCCUCAACUUGGUGAUGUAAAAUCCUCUUGUGGAAAUGUGUAAUCCAUUCUGUGUCUGUAGAUCUUUGUCUUUAUGACAGCAUGUGAGAUUUACACUGUGCCUGUUCUCAGUGAACUCUUAAUGUGAAGUAAAAUGAAAACAUAGUAUCUAGUAAUAUGGCUGUGUUUGACUGAAUGAUAUUUCAAAUAAACUUGAUUUACUACACAA